AUGGUAACAUUAAGAAAGAAUAACGGUAAGUGGAGGAUGUGUGUGGACUACACAGACCUCAAUAUGGCAUGUCCAAAGGACACAUACCCUCUCCCAUGCAUUGACAAACUGGUUGACAGUUCUUCCGGUUUCCAGUGUUUAAGUUUUAUGGAUUCCUAUUCUGGUGCUACAUACCAAAGACUCGUGGACAAAGUCUUCUCAAACCAAAUCAGCCGAAACAUAGAAGUCUACGUCGAUGACAUGGUGGCAAAGACACCACAUGCAGAAAACCACAUCAAGAACUUAAAAGAAAUAUUCCAACAACUCCGAAUGUACAACAUGAAACUCAAUCCCGAGAAAUGCGCCUUUGGAGUGCAAGGUGAGAAAUUCAUUGGCUUUAUGCUCACCUGCCGAGGUAUUGAAGCCAACCCUGAAAAAUUCCAAGCAGUCCUAAACAUGAGAAGCCCAAAAACAGUCAAAGAGGUUCAACAAUUAAGUGGUCGAUUAGUAGCAUUAUCCAGGUUUUUACCAUGUGCACCUCACCGGUCACGUCACUUUUUCAAGACCCUGAGAAAACAACAAAGAUUCGAAUGGACAAAAGAGUGCAAAGAAGCAUUCACCAAGCUCAAAACAAUACUAUCAGAGCCAGCCAUACUUCAAACACUAGAGUCAGGUAAACCGUUGUUCCUAUAUUUAUCUGGUACUAAUCAUGCCAUCAGUUCUGUCUUGGUAACAGAAAUAGGAAAACAACAACAACCAAUAUACUUCGUCAGCAAAUCCCUCCAACACGCCGAGGUUAAAUAUCCAAAGCUAGAAAAGCUUGCCCUGGCCUUACCAGAACUUGCUGGAAGGUUAAUCAAAUGGUCAAUUGAACUAUCCGAGUAUGACAUCCAAUACCAAUUGCGAGGAGCCUUGAAGUCCCAAGCACUCGUAGACUUCGUGGCAGAGUUCAUGGCAGAUGAGCCUAAUCCGACCAAAAAUACUUGGACGCUAUACGUCGAAGGAGCCUCAAACAACAAAGGCUCAGGGGCAGGAAUCCUACUUGAGGACGAACACGACACAACUUUGGAACAAUCUCUACAAUUCACUUUCCACGCAAGCAACAAUCAAGCAGAGUAUGAAGCACUCAUAGCAGGAGUGAAGCUAGCCCAUACAAUAGGCGUAACACAAUUGCGCGUCAAGUGUGACUCCUUACUUGUGGUACAACAGGUAACAGGUAACUUCCAGGAAGAAGACUGGCGAACACCUCUUAUACGUUACCUACAAACAGGUGACAUACCUAAUGACAUCCACAAUGAAAUAAAAUUCAAAAGAAGAGCAGGUUUCUACACGCUGCUAGGUUCUGAGCUAUACAAGCGAGGCUUCGUGAUACCUUUCCUUAAAUGCCUAAACAUGGCAGACGCUAAGUUAGCAGUGGACGAAGUUCACGAAGGCAUUUGUGGAACACACAUAGGAGGACGAAGUCUAGCUUCUAAAAUCCUCCGAGCUGGUUACUAUUGGGCAUGUACAAGGUCCAACACUGCGACCAUUGUUAAAGACAUGCACCAAUUAUCCACAACUCAGUCGAGCAGUUGCGUUCGUCAGAGAAGCAAUACCGUUGGCAAAAAUAACUUCCGAAAAAUGAUCUCUUUUGUAUGGAAACAUAUACUCUGCCGAUUUGGUAUUCCUCAAUCCAUUAUAACUGAUAAUGAACACUCACAAACUAACGGACUAGCUGAGGUUGCCAAUAAGAUCAUUUUACAGGGCCUCAGAAAGAAACUCGAAGAUUUCAAAGGAGAAUGGGCCGAGCUUAUCCCAGAAGUACUAUGGAGCUACAACACAACGGAACAAUCAUCAACAAAAGAAACCCCUUUCAGGUUAGUAUACGGAUGUGAUGCCAUGCUACCUGUCAAAAUCUCUCUACAAACUCCCAGAACCACAAACAUUAACGAAAGCGACAACAUUAAAAACAGAAGACCUGAGCUUGACCUCAUCGUAGAAAAUCGAAACAAGUCAACACUACAACAACUCGGCACUAAGCGAGCUAUAGCUCGGAAAUACAAUAAGAAACUCAAACCAAGGAUACUCUGA